UGUACAUUAUCAACUGCUAAAUCAUACAAUUGAUGACGCUCGAGCAUGGAACUGGCAUACAAUUCCCUUGCUUCUGUGGCUGGUUAUAACACUGAGGCAGCUCACCGAUUGGAUGUUGUGGUCAGCGAAGGAUUUGAUUACCACGUUAUCUUGUGCCCGUUUUUUAUUCGUGUGGUUCCCGCUAUCCAUUUGCAGAAACAGUUUCCAUGCAAAUGUAUCUCAGUUGCAGUACCCUGCAUUCACUUUCACUUGGUGCAGCGCUAUUAUUGAAUCGUCUCAGUAGAAGAUAUCAAUUCUGCUGUUUGGGCUAGACCUACGCACGUCGAUCGACCACUCCGGAUAUUAAUCAACGAUAAGGAGUAUGCUGGAGUGACGAUUUCACCCAAGAUAUCGUGAAACUAUCUCCACAUUCACCCCCAAGGUCAUCUAAGGAGGAAAAACUCACUGCCAAAGAAGGUGUGGAGGAGCAUAGUAAGGGCGGCCAGGAUCGAAGCAUCGAGGACGUGCAAAAUUAACGAAGGGUUGAUAGUGGUGUAAGAUGAUGGUUGGUUGACAAUCGUGGCACCGAUGGAUUACCACACAAGACGUACAUUGGGCUUCAACUUUAAGACUUUGAAAGUUGUUAUAGAUAUAAAAGAGUUGUCCUUCUCGAGCCGACCUUUGCAAUAACCUUUAUAAUAAACCAUUCAAACAUUCUUCCUUUGUGCUAUCAUACAAUUAUUAACUCGGUCAGCAACUCACUGAAUAACUGCACCCCGGAUAAAUUUAUCUUUGUGAAUAUAAAACCACGGGCCCUGAAUCAUCUUGUCUACCACCACAUCUUUCAAAUCAAAAGUAUUCACGUCACAAUACCACACGAUACUACUAUAUAAGUGCUUGAAAAAUAAUUUCAGCUACAUUUAAUUUAACAACCCAUCUACAUUUCUCCAAUACCAAAACAGUCCACUACAUCAAAAUGGCCACUAUCGACGUAAGCUAUCAACCAGGAACUCCUGAGCCAAACUUGUUCCCUAAGGUAGCAAACUACACUUCCUCUAGAGCAACUCAAGACAGCCUCAAGCGAUCCUUCGCCAAGUACCUAGCCUCAGAGCAGAGUGCACCAGCUGUCGGAAAGCUAUUCAAACCUGAGACUCAUCUUCAAUAUGAAGAGCCUAGCUAUAUCCAUUCCAUGGAAGAGAUUGGAUACUCUGCCACCUCUGGUGUUUCCCCCGUCGCUGUCUCUGAGCCCUUCCGCCUUUUUAGCGAAGAGGCUGUUAAUGUUAUGAGGGAAGAGAUUUUCGCCAAGGAAGUCCAGGAGAAGUAUAGCUAUACCUCAGAUAUCGCACCCAAACAACUCCGUGGUUAUGCCCCCGAUCACGGUAAAUUCAUCUACGAGGCUUGGAAACACCCCGAAACUCUCGCAAUUAUCUCUAAGAUUGCUGGUGUGGAUCUUGUCCCUGUCAUGGACUAUGAAAUUGGCCAUGUCAACUUGUCUGUCCCAGGAAAGAAGCGUAACCAUGAUAGCAGUGUUUUGAUAAGCGAGGAGGAUGAGAAGCCCAUUGUCGGCUGGCACAGAGACAGUUAUCCAUUCGUUUGUGUUCUCAUGAUGAGUGAUACAACAGGAAUGGUGGGUGGCGAGACUGCUUUGAGAACUGGAUUUGGCGAUAUCAAAAAAGUCCGCGGUCCAUCAAAGGGAUGCGCUGUGGUUUUGCAAGGUCGCUACAUUGAUCACCAAGCACUGCAAGCAUUUGGUGGACAAGAGAGAGUCACCAUGGUUACCUCCUUCCGUCCACGAUCCCCACGCGUCCGUGACGACACCGUUCUCACUACUGUCCGACCCAUCUCCAAUCUUUCCGAUUUAUAUGGACAAACAGUCGAAUAUCAAUUGGAAAAUGCCGAAGCCCGCAUCAGAAUCAUGCUCAAAGAACUUCGCGAUUCCAUGAAAGCCGGCGCUACCAAUGCCAAAGCCAUCAAAUCCUUCCUCGAUUUCGAAAUCAGCCAACUAACCCACCUCAACGAAGAAAUCGUCGACGAGUCACUUGUCAAGGUCGGAGAGUUGAGAGAGAUCUGCGCCGAAGCUGCGAAUCCAAACAAGAAAGCCAGAGCUGAAUGAAUGAUGGGCGUGGCCAGCCAGACUUUAAUGACUUGAUACGAAUUUCUUUUUUUAUUCCCUCUUUAGCGCCGAUCGUUUGAAUGGAAAUAUUUCAUCUGGAUCUUGGAAUGAAGUCGAAGGUAGCGUGCUGGAUGCAGAUCAGAUAGGCUCUUUUAAUCUGGAGCUUGCUCCAUAGUCUUUGGCUUCGAAUCUUAGGUUUCGUCCCUUUCUUGUUAGUACAAUACAAUAGCACUUAUGAACUGUUGAUGGCUUGCUUUUUGAUUAGAUUGUUAGUAUUGUUGAUAUGAUGAUUUUGCAUUGCAUAUACCGGGAAAUCUUGGGCGGGGUUGUGAAUCACUGGUGGGAAAUUUUGAGAGAUCAAUAGGUAUUGGAUGACUCGAUGGUUGGUUGGUUGGAUAGGUGCCACGUAAUAUUGCUCAUAGUUGAGAGAGCCAAGGCAAUGCUGAUAUGAAAUCUGUGGGGGCUUCUCUUCGAUAUAGUGAGAUGAAUGAGGGGACUUGUGUUUUUGAUUGUCCUAUAUAAUCGCGUGGGAAACACUAAUUAGAUCGAGUAGAGAUUUCUGUGCUGCUGUGGAUCCCGGGCAUAGAGAACUACUUAUUAGUUAUUAUUUGAGAAGAUAUAAUAUAUUUAGAUUUGUAGGACUUCUGGAUCAUCUAUAAGAAGUCCUACCAAUGACUUCGAAUAUA